GUUGUUUUUCCAAAUCAAAAAAUGCUUAUGAAAGCUCUUCUUUAGGGAGAGUGUAGCAUCAGCAUUUCAUGAAUGUACGUGGCAGGGGAAAACAUCCAGGACUGAAGGAAAAUAGACCUGUUGGUUCAGAUGAUUUUAGCUCAGCUGAUUCAGGACACAACCUCCAGCCAAUCUGUCUCUGUUUUCAUGAACAAAUAUAAAUUCAUCAAGAAUUAAUCACUUGUGAUUUUGCUAUUACAAACAAACCUGAAGGUCAGGCGAUCGGGGGGAAAUUGCAGUUGACUGCCAGAAACCUUGGCAUCUCUGAUAGCUGAAUAUUUUGGGCAGAUGAAAUGUAACCUGCUGUGGUGCAGCAAGACAGAGGCGUGCAAGAGUGGGCUGGCAUGGAUCAUGAGGAAUCCAGGAUGCUUCAGUGGCAAGUAACAGGGGACCCGAGCCAGGGGAUAGAAAUAUAAUCUGCUGACAUUGCUUUCUGUUUAAAAAAAUUAGGGGAAAAACCCUAUCUAUGACCACUUCCCUAUUCCUUUUCCUCUUUUCUCUGCACGGUGAGAUCUUGCACCUCUUUAGUACUUCCCUCCAAAAACCUCAUGAAGGAGUUUCUCACACACCCUCCCCUUCAAAGACACAUUUGAUGGUCUUUGGUAUCGCUUCUCCCGAGUUUCUGUGCUCCUAAAGCACCAUUUCAGCAUCUCAGUGCUUCUUUCUAUUAAUGUUCUUCAGCUUGCAUGGAGCCCUGCUCUCCUGGGGAUGGCUGCACACCUGCCUGCCCAUGGGAACUGGUGAAUUAAUUCCUCAUUUUGUUUCGCUUCUGUCCACAGCUUUUGCUUAGCCCAUUGAAGUGCCUUUAUCUUUUUGUCACUUUUACUCUUCCAACUCUCUGUCUGACCCCACUGCUGGGGGAAUGAGCACAUAGCUAUGUAGUUGCCAGCUGAGAUGAAACCUAAGCCACGACACGAGAGCUGAGAUAAUUUCUUGGUUCUUUAGAUACUGAAGGGAAUUUACUGUUGUAAAAACAUGACUGAUGGGUUUUUCCCCCACCCUCAUCUCCUGUUCCUGUCUAUAUGGACCUCGUCUGGAACCCCAGCAAGCUUUUCUGGUGAAACAUUGCUCCCAUACCCCCACUCUGUUUUCUUUUGGCAGCUCCAUGGUUCAUUUGGCUGAGCCCAAGCCAUGGUGGGACCGCUGUGCCAAAUUAAUUUUUGCUGGGAGACCUGGUGCAUUUUCAGUGCUGCUGGGGCUUCUUGGUGCCCAAAAGAGAAGGAACAGGUGAGGUGACACAUGAUGCAAUAGCAGUAGGUGGGAUCCGUGUGUUGCUAUUGUGUCCUUGGUGUAAAGGCAGAGCUGCACUGGGACGUGGAAUUAGCAAGUAAAAAUAACCCCCUGGAUAGACACCGUGCCACCCUUAUGAUCAGUGUGUUCCUUUGCAAGAACUGGCUUUUUCUAAAAUAGAAGUAAUGAUUCAAUUACUCUGACACCAAAAUAUGAGUUGUCUCCUAAACCAAAUUAAAGCAAGAAGAGAGAUAUCUAAUUAUUAAGCAUAUAAAUCUUGCUUUCAACGGCCCAGAUUUGCCUCACAGUGCAUUACAGGCUCUAAGCUGUAGGUCUAAUUUAGUGAUAGAACAAACUACUGAAAAAGAAAAAAAAAUUACAGAACAGAUGAAUCAUUCUCACUGCAGGAAAGUAUAUUUAAUGUUACAGUGAAAUUAUUGCUUUAUCAUAAUUUUAAUUAUUUUUAUUUAACUUUUAAAAAAGGGUCUUCCAUGUUAUAUUAUGCAAGUUUAAGCAAUAGGAAUUUGAGCUGCAGAAGUGUGAGAAAUUUAUUCUUAUUUUUUAAACUUUCCUAAGACUUAGAACAGGUGGAAUAUAAUGACUGCAUCAGGUUAUUUUAAAAUUUGAUCAUAGAAUCCUAGAAUGGGCUUGGUUGUGACAGGAAUGAGGAGGUGCUGACUCCUGACUAAAUGAUGAACUUAGUGUGUUUCUGGAAAAAACAUAAAAAGAAAAUUUACAGCUUAUAUUUUCUGUUAAGCUUCUUUUUUUGGAUUUGCAGUCAAUUUAUAUGUCUGUUUGCCAUACGCUGGAAUACAGAAGGAAAAAUUGCCCCUGGAACACAGAAGGAAAAGUUGCCUGAGUGUUCAUUUUUCUUUAGAAAAGCUGGUAAUGCCUCCUGUUCAAUCCUAAUUCAACAGAAAUUCACUGUUUCAUCUAAAUGCAAAUGCCACACCAGGAAUAGGCUGGUAAAACUUGUCAGGAACGGAAGUCCCUAAGUUGUCACCUUCCAUGAAUGCACUUUUCUUUAAAGGGGCAGCAAAAAAAGUUGUGAAAAUGCCUGUACAAGUGCAAGGAAAGUGGUGUAGAAGCUGAGUUAGCUGAAAAUAGAUUUAACCUCCUGCUGUGCUGGAAAAUUAUUUGUCACAUGAAGACCACUUGUCAAAUAGAAGUCCCUUUACAAUACAGGAGGUUCAGUAAUUGCUGCAGUUCUUCAACCCCUCUGGCAGAGGUCCCUGGAAGUUAAACUUUUCCAGAUGCUGCCACUUUCCACACCUGCCAGGGGGAAUUUCUAGCCAGCAAAGGAAAAUGUGGCCUUUGGUAGACGUUCAGAAGUGUUGCCUUACGCUGUUGCCACCAAGAGGCUGCAGCAGAGAAGAACAUUCAUUCCUGCCUUGGAGCAAUGUGUGAAUCAGAGCUGGGGCUUCCAAAUCCACGCGCUAGGAUUUUCCACAUCAUCCGUGUCAUGGCAGAGAAACACAAGAUUGGUGCAAAGGGAAUUCUGAAUGUCAUAAUUAUACACCAGGUAAAAUAUAUAUAUUACUUGGUUCAAUGAGAAAGCAAAACUGAAAUGUCAACAUGUUUGCAUGCAGGCUUCCACACUGGUCCUUUCAGGAAUGCCAAGAGGAAGACAGAGUUAAGAGAACUGCUCAGCUGAUUCUUGUGGCAACAGCAACUAAGUACCAGUUACUUACUUCCCCCAUGCUGAUCUGCUGGGGUGAGCAUUUGCUAGCAAGAAAUGCUGGAGGAGCCUUGAGAAGCUUUGGGGUGACCUAAUUAUGGCCUUCCAGUACCUGAAGAUGUCCUACAGGAUAAAUGAAGAGAGAGUAUUUACAAGGGCCUGGAGUGACAAGACAAGGGAGAAUGGCUUCAAACUGACAGAGACAGUCUGACUUUGGACAUCUGGAAAUCUCCAGUGCAAAUCAGCAAUAAUGAAUGCAAGGAACAGACUAGAUAAUCACGUGGAAUUUAUCAGGUAAGGAGGCAUGUCCUCAAGUCAUAUCUGCAUCCUAAGGCAUGAACAGUUCAACUCUGCAAGCAGGGGUGACUGAAAUGAUCCUUUGAAGCAACCAGCUUUGACGUUUGGAAAAAGGAAUUAAAAAACAAAAGAAUGCUCUAAUUAAGAAAAACAUCAGUCAAAGCUCAAGAAGAAAUCCAAUAUUUUGAUCGGUUCUUUCAUGUGUGCCUGACAACUGCAAAGCAUUAGCAGAGGAGCUCAUUAGAAGGUGCUCACCCAAAGUCCAGAUGAAGGAGCAGAAAUACCCGUGAGUGAAAUGCAAGACUGCUGUGUGGAGGAAAGUUAAAUAUCUGCUACCCUUCGAAUCAUAACACAGGUUGUGAUCUGCUGCCCAGCAUAUCAGUUGUUCCUGCCCUGUAGCCUUGGUGGCUGAUCCCCUCUGCAAACUCCCCUCUGGCUGCCUAUGGGUAUUAACAAGACUGGAGAGUGAGUUUCUGUGCUCGUGCUGGUCCUGGAAGCUGCCACAAGCAAAGGCUGGAAAGUCAAGUCAUGCCACCGGAUCCCGUGGUGAUCAAGGUGACUUUUUUGCAAGGGCCUGACUUUUUUUCAACCAGUUUGUAUUGCCUGUCAAGAAUUUUCAUGUUGACUCUUGGAAAACUGCUGCAGAGUCUUCUGUUUACUAUUCAGUGCUGUUUUCAUCUUCCUUUAGCAGUUUCUUUUUUGAACAGCAGACGGAGGGAACCGCUCGCACUGCCGCCGCUGCUCCAGCUGCGUGUGUAUGUGUGUAAACAGGAUGGUGUAUCUGUAGCUGCAAACACACAUUUGACCAUGAGGACUCUUCGCAGGUUGAAGUUCAUGAGUUCGCCCAGCCUCAGUGAUCUGGGCAAGAGAGAGCAGGCAGCCUUGGAAGAGCGGGGGAGCCAGCAGCGCCGGGCCUGCUCCAACGCUACCUGGAACAGUAUCCACAAUGGAGUGAUAGCAGUGUUCCAGCGUAAGGGUCUCCCAGACCACGAGCUGUACAACCUCAAUGAAGGAGUCAGGCAGUUAUUGAAAACAGAACUGGGAUCAUUUUUCACUGAGUAUCUGCAGAAUCAGCUGCUCACGAAAGGCAUGGUGAUCCUAAGGGACAAGAUCCGGUUUUAUGAAGGGCAGAAGCUACUGGAUACCUUAGCUGAAACCUGGGAUUUUUUCUUCAGUGAUGUCCUGCCCAUGCUGCAGGCAAUUUUCUAUCCUGUGCAGGGAAAGGAGCCCUCAGUUCGGCAAUUGGCUCUUCUGCAUUUUAGGAAUAUAAUUACCCUCAAUAUCAAACUGGAAGAUGCAUUAUCCCGUUCCAGAGCCAGAGUUCCACCCUCUAUUAUUCAGAUGCUGUUAAUACUUCAGGGGGUUCAUGAAUCGAAAGGUGUGUCUGAAGAUUAUUUGAAGCUGGAAUCCCUGAUCCAGAAGGUUGUUUCUCCAUACCUGGGCACGUACGGUCUGUAUUCCAGUGACGGACCCUUCACGCACUCUGCCUGUAUCCUGGAGAAGCGGUUCUUCAGGCGCUCCAAGUCGGGUGACAUCCUUGCCAAGAACCCCGUGGUGCGAUCCAAGAGCUACAACAAUCCACUGCUGACGCCAGUGGCCGAGUACGAAACGGAGAGCACGGCUGCCAAUGGAACCGGCAUCCGAAGGCACUCCGUCUCAGAAAUGACUUCCUGCUUGGAGCUCCAGGGCUACUCCGACCUCACCACCAUCAUGGACAGCGGCUCCAAGAGCUCCAUGACAGCCCCGAAAAGCUCACUGCCAGGAGACCAGGAGAGGCCCAGCACUGGCUCCGUGCAGUGCACCAGCAAACUCGGCACAGCUGAGCAACAGAAAGGACUCUUCCGCUCCAUUGGUGAUCCACACAGGUCUUUUGAGCUAGACAGAGACACUUCCUUACUUCCAGUUCCCUCUUCCAGCCCUGAGAACAUAGUGGAUCAGAUUUUGGAGUCUAUCCACUCUGAUUCUGAAGGCAUUUUCAUUGAUUUUGGCCGAGGCUGUUCCAAUUCAUCAGCUUACAGUGUGGAUGUGAACAGACAGAGCAUUGUGUGAAGGAUAUUAGGAGACAAACGGUGGGAUUUUAUAUCAGAUAUGAGAGUUACUAAGACGGUGUGUCAGACUAUGGGCAAGCUGUUCAUGCCUGGGGAGAUUUAAGGCAGAUUUGCCAGGUCAUGGUGGCUGUACUGAGCAAACGCCGUUUGUUUAUAGCAGGUGGGAAUCUGCUGAGGGGGAAGCAACUCCAACCGCUUUUCCCCAUCCCUGUCACCCUGCAGAUGGAUUUCCUAUUUCUUUAUAAACUUAGGAGUUCACAAACUCACAAGUGUCUGGUAAAAUACUAUUAGUGCAGCUGGCAGUGUUUGUUCAGGAAAACAGCUCAGCAAAUAGCUUUACUCACUUCUGAUUUUCUAAAGAGGUUUCCUGCAGAUGGUAGGUUGUUCUCUGAACUGUAACACCUCAGCCAGAGUAGAAACAUACCCUUUAAAAACAAACAAACAAAUACAAAAGGCUUUGGGCUUUCAUGCCACAGAAUACAAUAAUAAAAAAGUCUCUUUUAAUCUUUUUCUUGUACAUCCUUGUAUGCACUCCUUUGCCUAAUGGUGACCUAAAGUUCUCGAAGAAAGGCAAAUAAACAGAAAUACACUUCCUGAUGUCACACAGUGCCUAGUGCCUAAUUUUCUGUUUCACUGUUUCCUCAGCCAGUACCUUGUGUCUGGGAGAGUUGUCUCAAAAUUGGCUUUCAAGACCAAAAUUGAUUUCCUCUGACCGUGGCACUUCUGAGAAAUCUGUAAUGUCAACUUCUGAAGCAUCUGUGCUAUGGAGAGAUUCCAUCAUAUACGUGUUUCCUAAAUAAAUGAAAAUAUGGCCU